AUGCGGACAACCACCUUUCUUUCCGUCGUUUACCUUUUCCUCGGCCUGGUCUCGGCUUCGUCAAAUGGCUUAGACCUGGGCCACGGUGCUCUGGUUCCUCGAGCUGAUGAGACUACCACCGCUGCUGACAAGGCCACUACGGGUGCCGCUGCGACCAGCGAAAAGACCGCCACGAAGACAGCGACCGACGACGCCACCAGCACGGGCACAAAGACCGGAAAGGAGACCGACAAGGAAACCGGCACCGCAACUGGCAAGGAAACUGGUAAAGAAACCGGCACGGGCAAGGAGACUGGAACGAAGACGGGCAAGGCCAGCAAGACGAAAGAUGACAAGAAAACCACCUCGACCUCGAUCGAUCCUCGUUCGCCCGCGGGUGGUGUCAAGAUGCUGACCCCGUCGACUGGUGCCUCGAGCUACUACAAGAUCGGUGAACACGUCACCUUCGUCUGGAACUACACCUCGCUGCUGGUGACCCCUUCUGCCGUCAAUGUCAUUGCCUCUUGCAGUCUGAACAGUGCCACCUAUACGAUUUCGAGCAACAUGAGUGUCGAGGAGACCGGAAAGGUUGUGUGGGAUACCAAGAAGUACCAGGCCAAUGCGACCGUCCCUCUCCUGACUGCGACCUACACCUUGGUCAUUUACGAUGCGGACACCGAGAUCGGGGACACUGCCGGUCCCGGUCACCUGAGCUCGCAGAACCAAUUGAAAUUCGGGAUGUAUGUGCCUCAAUCAUACACUCCCCUGAACGAAUAUCACUGCGUAACCUGCAGCGGAGCUCUAUCCGACAUGGAGCGCAAAGCCCUCAAGUUCGCCGUCGGAAUGGUAUUGAUAACCGUUGCCUCCUUCACUUGGUUCGCUGGAGACUUUGGCGUCUUCUCCACAUGA